ACAAAAAGACCAGACUCGAAAGAACAUUAAAAAAGAAGACCAUGCGGCUAUGUAGGUGAAAAAUAAAUAAAAUAUACUAACACCUACAGAACAGAAGGUCUUGGUUAACAAGUAUAAGAGCAUGAGCUUAACAGAGUCUGAGAUCAUCUCUAUACUUCAUCCUAAAUGAUAACUAGGCACCAAAUUAAAUCAGCGUUCUAGCAACAAUCUUUGCAGGAUUAUCAUUCACCAUUUAAAUUUUAUCUAUACUUCCAGUAAGAAGUUUGGCUGAAGCACUCAGCCAAAUCAAUCUCAGUGACUUUCUGGUUGUCUGAGAAAGCAAGGUCUUCAAGUAACUUUUGUUUAAAUUAAAUGGAAGAUACACUUUUCUUGCCCAUCAAGAUAUUGAUACGUGAUGGAAUGUAUAUGGUUUUUGUAAACAAAAUCAUUGAAAACGUGGACAAUGAAAUGGAAAAGUUGAUUUCAAAUCGAGGUUUUGUGCGGCAAAAGGUUGAAGCUACAAACAAAGCAGAAAAAGUCAAUGAUGCUGUUCCAGAGUGGCUAAAAGAUGCAGAGAAACUCAUAGAAGAGGAGGAGAAAUUUGAAAUAGAAAUGGAUACUGAGAGAUCCAAUAACUGUUUUACAGGGCCAUUUUGUGUUUUUGGUAGUGAGAGGAGAUACAAGUUGUACAGUGAAAUGCUAGAGAAAAUGAAGACACUAAAUACCAAAUGUAAUUUUGAGCCAUUUUCCAGCCCAAUUCCAAGUUUAGAGUACUUCUCUUCUGGAUAUUUUGUGUCUUUUGAGUCCACAAAAAAUACCUCGGAUCAACUUAUGGAAGCACUACAAGAUGAUAGGAGUCGUGUCAUUGGAUUGUAUGGGAAGCAGGGCUCUGGUAAAACAAAAUUGGCAGAAGCAGUGGGUGAGAAAGCCAAGUAUUUAAAUAUUUUUAAUGAAGUUGUUUUUGUCACAGUGCCCCAAAAUUCAAAUACUCUUUGGAGUAUUCAAGACCAAAUUGCGGACUCGUUGGAUCUGACAUUUGACAGAAAUUCUGAACUUGCAAGAGCAAAGGCGAUAUCUUCAGAGAUCAAAAAUAAGGAUCGAGUUCUUGUUAUCUUGGAUGAUGUUCGGGCAAAGCUUGAGCUAAAAGAUAUAGGUAUUCCUAUUAAAGGUAAAUGGUGCAAGGUUCUUGUGGCCACACGCCAUCAACAAGAAUGUACCUUGCUGGAUUGUCAAAUCGAGAUUCCUCUUCAUCCAUUGUCUGAAGAGGAAGCUUGGACUUUGCUCAAAGGAUAUUCAGGCAUAGAUGAUGAGUCCUCCUCCGACUUAUUAAAUGUGGCACGAGAAGUUGCUAAUGAAUGUCAAGGGUUACACAGUAGAAUCAAAGAUGUGGGAUAUUCAUUUAAAGGUCAAUCCAUUGAGGAGUGGAAAGCAUUGUUAGACAGUUUGAGACAUUCGGCUCGCUACCAAAUCUUUCUCAGCUUUCGGGGAGAUGAUACUCGCUACUCUUUUACAGGUUCUCUCUAUGAUGCUCUUUGCAAAGAGGGAUUCAAGACCUUCAUGGAUGAUGGUGGGUUGGAGAGUGGUGAUCAGAUUUCGCUUUCUCUUACAAGUGCAAUUGGAGCAUCAAGGCUUUCCAUUGUUGUUCUAUCUGAAAACUACGCAAGUUCCUCUUGGUGUCUUGAGGAGCUUGUCAACAUCCUUGAGUGUAAGAAGACGAAGAAUCAGUUAGUUUGGCCAAUCUUUUAUAAAGUGGAUCCAUCAGUUAUAAGACAUCAAAAAAGUAGUUAUGAAAAAGCCAUGCUUGCACAUGAAAAUAGACUUGGGAAUGAUUCUAAGAAGCUGCAGAGAUGGAAGUCAGCCUUGUCUGAAAUUGCCGGCUUGUCUGGAAUGGAAUAUAGUACAGGGUAUGAACAUAAAUUUAUUCUAAGGAUUGUGGAAAGGGCCAAGAAUAUUAAAAGUAGUUUAUAUGUACGGAGCAUAGAUAUGGAGUAGAAGGAAGAACUUGGUUUCUCAUAAGUGCUGCUGAAGACAAAAUUGAUAGAAUAGGAUAUUAUUUAUUCUCUUUGUAAUUACGCCUGUAAUUAGGGUUUAAUAUUUAUUGUUAGUCAACUAGGUAAGUUGUAUAUAUAGGGUAUUUCAUUAUCAAUAAUACUCACGGAAUUGAUUUCCUUCA